GGUAAACAGCAACACACUUCACUUCCAAUAUCUUAAUUUGCUUGUCAUUCGGUAAUUGCAAUAAGGCAUUAAAACUUAAAGUGAAAAUGGCACAAUCUAUCAAAGUUCCGCCUGUUAUGCCUGCAGUGCUUAAUGCAGAGCCUACAGUAAGUUUACCCGGUAAAACUAAUUGCUUGAGUCAAUUAGCAUAUGUACACCGUUUGAGAGAUUCGGAAGCCAACUACAAUCAACAUAAAUAUAAUCUAUCCAUGCAAAUGAUGCGUAAUCGUGAAGGCUUAAAUUUCCCUUUGAAAAUGGGUAUGGAAUUAUUUGCAGCGAGACAAGUCGGGCGCUUGCCAUUCUUGCAAUCUAGUAAUAUGAUGGAGGAUGUUUUACUGGGCCGCGAUGAAAUGAUCAGCUUCGAAGAUUACUUGGGAGUACCGGAAAAUUAUGAAUUUAUGCGACAACCACAUGUCGUGAUGGAAAAAUCUUUGGGAAUUUUAUAAAUAGCUUUGUGUAGCAUCGUAAAUCUUUAAUAAAAAAAUAUUUGUAGGUGUAGAUCAAAUUAAUUUAUGCGAGCGUGAUAAUAUGAAACGACUUAAUACUUUUUCGCAGAAUUUGGCUGUAAAUGAUUCUAAUUUGCUAUAAUCUUGCACACGAAGCCAGUGCUUACUCAAUAGCUUUUCUGAAAAAUCUAUAAAAACUCGGCAAUAGGUUUUUUGUUUCUUUUAUGAAAUUUGCACUUUUUAUUUUUAAUUUAAGCGGCUGUUGCGUUACAGGUAUGAAUAAAGACACAAAUAUUUUAAUUGUACCAUACGCAACAAACAAACAA